CGGGGGCGCCACGCACGCGCACGGGCUGGCGGAGCGCGCCGAGCGGGGUGCACCGCGCGGGUGCAGCCACGAUGGAAGGAGGUGCGUACGGAGCGGGCAAAGCCGGGGGCGCCUUCGACCCCUACACCCUGGUCCGGCAGCCGCACACCAUCCUGCGCGUCGUGUCCUGGGUGUUCUCCAUCGUGGUGUUCGGCUCCAUCGUGAAUGAGGGCUACCUCAAUAGCCCCUCAGAGAGCAAGGAGUUUUGCAUCUACAACCGCAACCCCAAUGCCUGCGGCUACGGCGUGACCGUGGGCGUGCUUGCCUUCCUCACCUGCCUGCUCUACCUGGCCCUGGACGUGUACUUCCCGCAGAUCAGCAGUGUCAAGGACCGUAAGAAGGCCGUCCUGUCUGACAUCGGCGUCUCGGUGGCAGGUCUCCAAGCACAGCCCGCUGAACGAAGGGACAGACGCGGCCCGAGCUGCCAUCGCCUUCUCCUUCUUCUCCAUCUUCACGUGGGCGGGCCAGGCUGUGCUGGCCUUCCAGAGGUACCAGAUUGGCGCAGACUCGGCCCUCUUCUCCCAGGACUACAUGGACCCCAGCCAGGACUCCAGCAUGCCUUACGCCCCCUACGUGGAGCCCAGCACCGGGCCAGACCCCGCCGGCAUGGGUGGCACCUACCAGCAGCCGGCCAGCGCCUUUGAGCCCGAGCCCCAGGGCUACCAGUCACAGGGCUACUGAGCCACAGUGACCGCCUGCCCCCCGCCUGCCUGUGACCUGCCCCAGCUGCCCCCUGCUCCCCUUCACACCUGGCCCCCUUCUCCCUCCCAGGCUGCCCUACCCGGUCCCUCCAGGUGGUUCCACUGAGGUCCAGGGCAGCUCGGGUGGGAUGGGGCAGUGAGGUGUUGGGGGGGUAUCCACAUGUGUGUGCAGGUGUGUCCAGCAGGGCCCUGGGGUGUUUGCAUUCGUUCCUUGUGUCUUCGAGCGUUCGUUGAGCACCUACUGUAUAUCAGGCCUGUGCUUGGCAUGAGUGCUGAAAGACAAAUGGUCCCUGGAAAUGGGGAAGAGGAGAUGUGGAGGAGGCCCUACUGGUACCAGAAGUAGGAAUGGAGAGAAAACUAGACCGGGAGGAUGCUGGGAAGGUUUGGCUGCAGGGUGUGAGCACCCACAGGACACUGGGGGCUGUCACCCGCUAGGAGUGAUACAACUGCCCUGCUAGGAGUGUUGGCCUGUCUCCAUUUUAUGGCUGAGGAAACUGAGGCCUGGAGAGGUCAAGGUCACUCACCCAGGGUCAUUCAGGCAGCCAGUGAUAGAGAUGGGGCCAAGCCCAGGCCCCUGACUGCAGAGCACCUGCUGUCCCCUGGCCUUCCCACCAUCCCCCCUCCCCGAGCUGGGGGCUCCACCGCUCAGUGCUACCGUCACUCUGGGAGGGCUUGGGGACCUCAGCCCAUGAGACACCCUGAUUCUGCUGCAAGCCAGGGGCCUGCUCUUCCCCGACUGUUCCCUCAAGUGGGACAGCCCUGCCUCCAGGCCCCUCUCCCCACAUCCCGCCAGCCCCUCCCCUGGCCGCCUCCCAGGGCGGGAGAGCCAAGAGGGCGGGCCUGGCUCCCGUGUGCUGCUCCGUGCUGCGCGUAUCCCGCCAGGAGCUCCAGCACGCCUUUGUGGCCUCCUGGCGACUGACCACUGUCCCUGACUCUCGGAGGGGCUCGCUAUGUCCCUGCCCGGGGCCGAGUGGACAAGGAGGCCUGGAUGGGGAGCACGUCGCCCAAGGUUACAGUGAGUGAGUGGCAGGGCUGGGCUUGCUACCUGGUCUCCUUGGUCCCAGCUACCCAGCAGGUGCCCCAUUCCCUGCCCUUGUGACCUCCCAGGAAACAGAACUGAUCUGGGACACUGUGUCAUCUUCCCUCAUUUGGGGUCAGCCAGGGUCCCAGGGGCUGGGACAGCCAAGCUAAAGCCUUCCAGAAGGCCUGCCAAUGGCCGGUCUCCCUAUGGGAAGACAGGGGCUCUACACCCAGCAAGGCCAGCCUGCAGUUGCUGUCGUGGGACAAACUGUCCUCAAGAUGAACGGUGAGAGCCCCUGGGGCGUGGAAGGCUCCGGGAGGCCACAGGCUGUAGGGGAGAGGGUGGCAGGUGUCCUCAAAGGCACAGGGAGGGUUGUGGGGGACAGGGAGGGACUCUUACACAACGUGGGCUCUCCACUGAGCCUUAAGUGUUGGGGAGGCCUUGAAGAGGGGAGAGGUGUGGAGAGACCUGGGGCCCAGCAUCCACCAGCCAGUGCCUCGGGAAGCAGGGCACUGGGAUUGCAGGUCAGCACGGUGCUGGGUGUUCCCACCACCAGCCCCCACGAGAACCCUAAGGGGCAGGUAAUAUUUGUUCACUUGCCUGUUGAUUCAGCAGUUAUGGGGCAUCUGUGCUGGGAAUAUAGAGGGUGGGGCCCCUGCCCUCAAGGAGCCGACAGUCGUCAGAGGUGAGCAUUAAACCGACAGCUGUAUCCAGGGUCCAUUACAGGGGUGAGGCGCUAUGCGAGUGCAUGACGGGCUGCGGCUCCCCAAGGAGGGGCCCUGAGGAUGGGCAGCAGUUAGCUUGGCAAUGAGGGAAGGAGAGGAAAUUUCCUAGGCAGAGAAGUAGCAUCGUUGUCCCCACUUAAGGGGAAACUGAGGCUCAGCACGUGAAUUAGCAGUGGAGCAUGGAUCAGGUCUGGUCAAGUCCUCCCAAGGGGCAGCGGUGACGGGAGAGGACCCCAGGCAGCCAAGUGACAGCUGCUUGUUGCUGACUUCAGUUUUCCACGUCUGGGGAAGGGGCUCUAUCUAUGGUUCUCUCCCCCUGGGUGGCCCAAGUGGGGACAGGAUGGGGCUCUGGUAUCUGCCAGGUUGAGCAGUGGAACCGGUACCAGAGCAGCGGUUUGCGAAAAAGGUAAGGGUGGGAGUGGGUGUGUUUCUGGCAGAGAGAAGCUCUGUGCCCACAUAGGAUUCUAUGAGAAGUCCUCUCCCUCACCCACUCCCCACCAAAAACAUCCCUUGCUGAUGGGCACCAGGAGACCCCAGGGUGCUGCCCAUCUCUUCCCCUGGGCACCGACCAGCUGCUGGUGAUGCUGGGCUAGAGGGCAGGAUACCAUUUAAACUUUACCCGGUCGCUGGGUGUUUAUUACAGACUCUACCUGCCACCCCAGAAUGGGAAAAUUUACAAGGCCCUGCCAGGAUUGGGGGCUGCUGAAUCCCCACUAGUCCUGGGGUGCUGCCCAGACAGGGUCCCGUGGUCAGGCUGUGCUGCGGCGGGGGUGAGAAACAGGAGCAGGGAUUUGCAGGGCGGGAAUUGAUUGAGACCCAGGGCUCCUGACUCCCCUGCUGAGUGGUUGGUGGGGAAGCCCUGCUCCUUCUGUUGGCUGAGGACAGCCCCCGGGGACCCCAAGCUUAGAGCCUGUGCUCACAGGCCAGCGGUAUCCCCUCUUCCCUCCCUGCUGCCCCCCCGCCUCCCCCUUGCUUCCAAGCCCUUCCUUGGAGAAGGGCAUCCCUGCAGUCCGACCUUGCUGAGUUUGGGCUCCCUCCUCCUGUCAAGCGCAAGAGAGGGCCAAGGAAAACUGGGUUCCACACAAGUUUAGAGCUGCACGGACGCUUAGGGGUGGUAGAGUCUGGGCCAGGAAGACAGUGACUUGUCCAAAGUCAAGCACAGAGCCAGAGGUUCGGGAUCCAGGUCUCCUGCCUCCGAGUUGACACUCAUCCUGCUCCAUCACAGGCAUCUGGUCCACCCGGGUGUGUAACAAUUGAGGGACUAACUCCCAGGGUGCUGGCAUCUGCUCCCCACUCCACCCUUCCCUGGUGGUUCUUGAUCUUCGAAGACUGUUGGGGGUCCCAGGCUUCCCCCCACGUUACCCCUCGGGAGCCCCCAACCUUGGCCCAAGACCCCUUUGAUUCUCUAAGGAGCACAAAGGGGGAGCACCCCUCCCAAGAGUUUGUGGGAGGAUGGACUUGUCCAUCCGUCUCCCAGCGCUGCCCCUUGAUGUGACGCUCGCCAUCCCCUGGUGCCCACAACCCUUGUCUGGGUGCCCUGGCCCUUCCCGCAGCGUUACUGCCUGUGUAUAGUAUAAAUAUAUAUAUUUUCUAUAUAUAAGAUGUAUAAUAUAAGGCUCCACAAAUAUAUCUCUGUGCGCGUGUGUGUGCAGUGAAUGGCAGUCCCCAUCCUGGGCCCCCACUCUGGACUCCCCCACCACCUGGUUAAGUCUCAAGAGUGAAUCCGGUGGCCCCAUGGCACCCUCCUCUAUGACAUCCGUCCAUUUGUGGUGAACCAAGUGAAGGUGGUGACUUCUGGUGACAUAGUAAUAAAGUGAAGACUCCAAACCCACCAGUGGACUGCAGAGUGUCACGGUGUUUUUUUGGUUCUUGGUGAGUGUGGCUUGGCAUUUGCCCAUCCCCUCUGUCUCCCCUGACCUGGAACAUGCUUUAUUUGUUCAUUAAUGUUUAGUAAAAAGUAAAGUCAUUACAGAUGAAGCCAGUGCCCCUCACCUUCACAUGUGUGCAUGCACGCACACCCCAUCGCCACUCCCUUUCCUGGUCCCUUCCCCAACCACCACAGGCAGC